AUCAAAAUUUUAUCUUUCAUUUGUUUUUGUUCAUUCUUUGAUUCUUUAGCAUUCAGCUGCAAACAAAAAGAGAAGUGUGUUGUUGGGUUUGGUCACAUACGCUUUAAAUUUGCCUACCUUGAAGAAGAAGAAACAAGGAGGUGGGUAAGUGACAAUGGAGGGAAGUGAUGUAUACAGAGCAAGUAAUAGUUUAAGAGCAAGAAGUUCCACUGUUUGGAGAAACAGUGGUGUUGAGGUUUUCUCAAAGUCUUCUCGUGAAGAGGAUGAUGAAGAAGCUUUGAAAUGGGCAGCACUUGAGAAGCUACCCACAUACAACCGUCUCAAGAAAGGUUUGUUAACUGCAUCACAUGGAAUCACCAAUGAGAUCGAUGUCACUGAUCUCGGUUUUCAAGAAAGACAGAAACUUCUUGAGAGGUUGGUCAAGGUUGCUGAAGAGGACAAUGAGAAGUUCUUGUUGAAGCUCAAGGAGAGAAUUGAUAGAGUUGGGCUUGAUAUUCCAACAAUUGAAGUUAGAUAUGAGCACCUGAAUAUUGAGGCAGAGGCAUUUGUGGGAAGUAGAGCUUUGCCCAGUUUCAUCAACUCUGUUACUAAUGUCAUAGAGGGACUUCUGAAUUUGCUCCAUAUUAUCCCAAGCAAAAAGAAACACGUCACUAUUCUUAAAGAUGUUAGUGGGAUUGUUAAACCUCGGAGGAUGACACUGCUUUUGGGUCCUCCCAGUUCAGGAAAGACUACACUCCUUUUAGCCUUGUCAGGAAAGCUUGAUAAAAGUCUUCAGGUAUCCGGGAGAGUGACUUACAAUGGACAUGGAAUGAAUGAGUUUGUACCCCAGAGAACUGCUGCGUAUAUUAGCCAGCAUGAUGUUCAUAUUGGAGAAAUGACUGUGAGAGAAACCUUGGCUUUCUCAGCUAGGUGCCAAGGGGUUGGAUCACGUUAUGACUUGCUGUCUGAGUUGUCCAGAAGAGAGAAAGAUGCAAAUAUCAAGCCUGAUCCAGAUAUUGAUGUCUACAUGAAGGCAACUGCUGCUGAAGGCCAGGAAUCAAGCUUAGUAACGGACUAUACACUAAAGAUUUUGGGGUUGGACAUAUGCGCUGAUACUAUGGUGGGAGAUGAAAUGUUGCGUGGGAUCUCUGGAGGACAAAGGAAGCGUGUUACUACAGGAGAGAUGUUGGUUGGACCAGCAAAUGCUCUAUUCAUGGAUGAAAUCUCCACUGGGUUGGACAGUUCCACAACAUUUCAGAUUGUGAGCUCUUUAAGGCAAUAUGUUCACAUUCUUAAUGGAACUGCUGUUAUAUCUUUGCUCCAGCCAGCACCUGAGACUUAUGAGCUUUUUGAUGACAUUAUCUUAAUCUCUGAUGGACAAGUUGUUUAUCAUGGUCCACGUGAAUAUGUUUUGGACUUCUUUGAAACCAUGGGUUUUAGAUGUCCUGAGAGGAAGGGUGUCGCUGAUUUUCUUCAAGAAGUGACUUCUAAAAAGGAUCAAGCACAGUACUGGGCCCGAAGAGAUGAACCAUAUAGAUUUGUGACUGUUACUCAAUUUGCUGAGGCAUUUCAAUCAUUCCAUAUUGGUAGAAAACUUGGCGAGGAGCUUGCAGUUCCAUAUGACAAGACUAAGAACCACCCUGCUGCAUUAACCACUAAGAGUUAUGGUAUCAACAAGAAGGAGCUGUUAAAGGCUAACUUCUCAAGAGAGUACUUGCUUAUGAAAAGGAAUUCAUUUGUCUACAUCUUCAAGCUAUGUCAGCUUUUCGUCAUGGCCUUAAUUGCAAUGACACUAUUUUUCCGUACCGAGAUGCAUCAUGACACUCAGGAUGAUGCGGGUGUUUAUGCUGGUGCACUGUUUUUUACAUUAAUAAUGGUUAUGUUUAAUGGAAUGGCUGAGAUUUCUAUGACCAUUGCUAAGCUUCCUGUUUUCUACAAGCAAAGGGACCUUCUAUUUUAUCCCUCUUGGGCAUACGCUAUUCCUUCAUGGAUUCUUAAGAUUCCUGUUACAAUAGUGGAGGUUGCUGUUUGGGUAUUUCUCACCUACUAUGUUGUUGGAUUUGAUCCAAAUGUUGGGAGGCUCUUCAAGCAGUACCUUGUGCUAUUAUUUGUUAGUCAAAUGGCUUCUGGAUUAUUCCGAGCUAUUGCAGCAUUGGGUAGAAACAUGAUUGUUGCCAACACAUUUGGUUCCUUUGCAGUUCUCACACUUCUCGCAUUGGGUGGUUUCAUUCUGUCAAGAAAGGAUAUCAAAGGCUGGUGGAUUUGGGGUUACUGGAUUUCACCUUUGAUGUAUGGGCAGAAUGCUUUGAUGGUCAAUGAAUUUCUUGGGAACAGUUGGCACAAUGCUACCAACAAUUUAGGAGUUCAAUAUUUGGAAACUCGUGGGUUCUUCACAGAUUCAUAUUGGUAUUGGUUAGGCGUUGGGGCACUUGUUGGAUUUGUGUUCCUUUUGAACCUGAUGUUUGGUUUAGCUCUUGAGUUCCUCGACGCAUUUGAUAAGCCACAAGCAUCAAUUACUGAAGAUGAACCAGAAGCAGAUAACCCUAACCAAGGAAAUGUAGCAGAAGUUGAAUUACCACGCAUAGGUACGCUGAAAUCUGAACAUUUUUUCAAAUGUCUUGCAGAAAGUUCAGGAAGAGGUGAUUCUGUUGUGGAGUCUAGCCAUGGAAAGAAAAAAGGAAUGGUCCUUCCUUUUGAACCACAUUCUAUCACCUUUGAUGAGAUCAUAUACUCUGUUGACAUGCCACAGGAAAUGAAGGAACAAGGUGUACAAGAGGAUAGAUUGGUCCUUUUGAAGGGUGUUAGUGGAGCAUUCAGGCCUGGUGUUCUCACAGCUUUGAUGGGUGUUAGUGGAGCUGGUAAGACUACUUUGAUGGAUGUUCUGGCUGGUAGGAAAACCGGUGGAUAUAUUGAAGGAAGCAUAAAAAUUUCUGGGUAUCCCAAAAAGCAAGAAACUUUUGCUCGUAUCUCUGGCUACUGUGAGCAAAAUGAUAUCCACUCACCUCAUGUUACAGUUUAUGAAUCCUUGCUCUACUCAGCAUGGCUUCGUUUACCUUCAAGUGUUGAUUCCAACACCAGAAAUAUGUUCAUUGAGGAAGUCAUGGAACUAGUUGAGCUGAAGCCAUUAAGGAACUCAUUGGUUGGUUUGCCUGGUGUGAGUGGUCUCUCAACUGAACAACGCAAGAGGUUGACUAUUGCAGUUGAAUUAGUGGCCAAUCCCUCUAUAAUAUUCAUGGACGAGCCUACUUCAGGGUUGGAUGCAAGAGCUGCUGCAAUUGUUAUGAGAACAGUGAGGAACACUGUUGACACAGGAAGAACAGUUGUUUGUACCAUCCAUCAACCUAGCAUUGACAUAUUUGAAGCUUUUGAUGAGCUAUUCCUGAUGAAGCGUGGAGGACUAGAAAUAUAUGUUGGACCACUGGGUCGUCAUUCAAGCCAAUUGAUCAAAUAUUUUGAGAGCAUUGAAGGAGUGAGCAAAAUCAAAGACGGAUAUAAUCCAGCUACAUGGAUGUUGGAAGUUACAACUACAGCACAAGAACUUAGUUUGGGUGUUGAUUUUACUGAUUUAUACAAGAAUUCUGAUCUAUAUAGGAGAAACAAGCAGCUUAUACAAGAACUGGGCCAGUCUGCUCCUGGUUCAAAGGAUCUUCAUUUCCCUACUCAAUACUCUCAGUCAUUCUUGGUCCAAUGCCAAGCUUGUUUAUGGAAACAACGUUGGUCUUACUGGCGUAAUCCACCAUACACUGCUGUGAGGUUUUUCUUCACUACCUUCAUAGCCUUGAUGUUUGGAACAAUGUUCUGGGACCUUGGAGGCAAACACACAAGUAGACAAGACCUGUUGAAUGCUAUUGGUUCAAUGUACACUGCUGUUCUCUUCCUUGGAGUACAAAACUCUUCCUCAGUACAGCCAGUGGUAGCAGUUGAAAGAACUGUGUUUUAUAGAGAAAAGGCUGCUGGAAUGUACUCUGCCUUACCCUAUGCAUUUGCACAGAUUCUGGUAGAGGUACCUUACAUCUUUGCUCAAGCAGUGACAUAUGGUGUCAUAGUUUAUGCCAUGAUUGGAUUUGACUGGACUGCAGAGAAAUUCUUUUGGUAUCUAUUUUUCAUGUACUUCACAUUUUUGUACUUCACCUUCUAUGGCAUGAUGUCUGUGGCAGUGACACCAAACCACCAUGUUGCUUCCAUUGUGGCUGCUGCAUUUUAUGCAAUUUGGAAUCUCUUCUCAGGAUUUGUGGUCCCUAGACCUAGCAUUCCUGUGUGGUGGAGAUGGUACUAUUGGGCUUGUCCAGUGGCUUGGACCAUUUAUGGAUUGGUUGCAUCUCAGUUUGGAGAUAUAAUGACAGAAAUGCAAACUGAAGGAAAGCCUGUGAAAUAUUUCCUUGAAGACUAUUAUGGUAUCAAACAUGACUUCAUUGGAGUUUGUGCUGUUGUUGUUGCUGGCAUUGCGGUUCUCUUUGCAUUCAUUUUCGCUGUUGCAAUCAAGGCAUUUAACUUCCAAAAGAGAUAAAUAGAUUUUCUCUAUUCCACUCUUUCCCAACGUGAAAGAUUCUUUAUAUUUUCAUUUUUUCUUUACACUAAUAUAGAUAGUACUUGUACUUGCCCAUUUUCAGUUUCUUUUUAUAAAUGUAAGCACACCAAUAAGAAUACUUUUGUAUUGUUAAUAUAAUUCUCAAUGCAAAGUAAUGUAUUUUUGCAUCUUGUUCU